CUAUGCAAACCACUUUGAAUAUUCACAGUGCUCGCAGCGAUUAGGCCUACUUUGACAUUUCAACAAGAUAAACUUUUUUUUUUGCAAGACAAAUAACAUGAGAAUUUAUCCAAUUUGUAUUUUUGUUUUGAUUUUCGACUUGUAUGACUUGGCAUGUGGUGAUCUACCCAAUGUUCCAUCAACUGUAGUGAUAACGCCACCUUCUGCUACGCCAUCAACAAUAUUGCAACCCAGUCUGACCAUUUAUUAUGACGCGAUGGAAGAAUAUUCGCAAGUUUUUUUCAAUACAACGUUGGUGAAUGUAUUUAGUUGCUUUUCUUGCAGCGUUGAUAUCAGUUUCAUUCCAUGUCAACAGGCCAAGAAAGAUCAAAACGGAGAUCUAUCUUGUCCUGCUAAAGCAGAUCCUGCGUGUAAUUUAGACAAAAUACAUUCUUGCGCUAUCGCCCAAGCAUUGGAUAAGACACAGCUGGUCAACUUCCUCGCAUGUACAAUGAGUACUGUGAAAAAGCUUCCUGAUUUUCUGACAUGCGCAAUUCGGUACAAGUUCGAUGAUAAGCAACUCCAAUCGUGUGCCAGUUCUGAUACAGGGAAAAAUCUGUGUAAAAAUAAUAGCAACCAAAAAAUGCCAAAUUGCAAUACAAUGCCUGGAUUCGUAUUCAAAAAUCCGAAUGAUAUACAGGCCAACGAUCCUUUUGAACAUUUGGAUAAUUAUAUAAACAACAUUUGUGUGACUGAUUUCAAGUCAGCACUUUGUGCACAGCUUAAAGCUACAACAGCAACCUCUAUACCUCCAGAAUGCAAUCAGAAACUUGUGAUGGGUAUUUUUUACAAAGCAAUGGAUGCAGCCUCUCAAAAAUGGUUUCAGACAUUUGCCACUGUAUAUGAAAAAUUCAGCAGUUGCUUAACGCUUAAAUAUCAACCUUGUAUGUUUGCUGAGCUUUCUGAUACGGGGACAUUAGAUUGUAAAGAUCCAACAGACACUGAUUGCAUUGCUGCCAAAACACACGCAUGCGCUGUAUCAAAGAUAUCUGAUCCUAAGGCUCUCUUUCAGUUUUUGAGUUGUGCCAUGAAAGAUGCCACAAAAGUACCAGAUUUUGAAAAAUGCGCAACCGACAAUAAUAUUAUAUACGAACCAAUCAAAACAUGUGCCAGCAGCGAUACCGGUAAACAGCUAUGUUUUGAUUACAGUAAAACGCGACCAAAGUCAGAUAAAGUUCCAUCUUUCAGUUAUGAACUAACUUAUCACAUACGAGCAAGUACGGAGACUUCACUCGCAGCAAAUUUGCAAUUUACCCUCUGUUCCCAAAUGAAACUAUACAGUGUUAUUUGUCCUGCCUGCCCUUGUGGUACUUCAAGUAUGUCUGCCUACAAUCAGCCUGGCACCGGCGUCACGCAUGGUUAAUGUGAAAUGCAUAUCAAAGUUAUUUGUAAGCCUACUGUUUCAUGCACUGAAGCAUAAUAAAUGACAAAUCCAUGAUCUUAAAACAUAUUUUACUUAUACGAACGAUACUUUGUAUCUUUUUUAUUGAGUC